AUGAAUUUGAGCUUGCUGAAUGGGGAAGCGAACGCAGGAGGGGACGCAGCGGAGGUGGACGAGGAGGACGAUUUGGGGCUGGAAGCAGGUGUUGACAACAUACGAAGGAAAAAUCUGGCCAAGUUAAUCAGCUUGGAUAGGGGUGUAGGGCUAGCCCAAUUUAAAAGGUUUACUCAAUUGAAGACGUUAGGGAGGUCAGGGGGUGCUGCAUAUGAAGCGGCGUGCCAGGUGGAAGGGGACACGCAAGAGGGAGAGGCGCAACCAGCAUGCCCAGGGGACACGCAAGAGAGAGAGGCGCAACCAGCAUGCCAAGGGGACACGCAAGAGGGAGAGGCGAAUCCAGCAUGCCAAGGGGACACGCAAGAGGGAGAGGCGAAUCCAACAUGCCAAGGGGACCCCCUCGAUGAUUAUCCCCCAUAUAAGAAGCCCGGUAGCACCUACCUGAGAAAAAACAACGGAAAAACAAGCUCGAAAGGAACGGAAAAGUGUGACGGGAGUCCAAAGGUGAAACGAAAAUUUGGCGCGCUCCUAGAAAUGAUAGGCAAGAAAAAAGGCACCAUAAAUUAUGAUGACCACAAAAAAGGGGAGGCCGGAAGUUGCCAAUCAGGGAGGAAGGAAUGUCUAUACAAGUGUGAAAAUCGUGGGGGAAGUUUGAAGGAGGCGCGAGGUGGGCCAGCCAGAAAGGAAAGGAGAGAAGCGCAAGACGGGGCAGGUGCGAAAAGAGCAGAACGGGCAGAUUUGGAACAUGGAGAAGAGUGCAAAAGGUGCAAAAAGUGUGAAGAGUGCAAAAAGUGCCAAACGUGUGAAGGGUGCCAGACGUGCGGUGAAUGGGAAGAGGUGAAGGGGCUCGCCGCUAGCGAAGCAGAGCGUGUCCACCACUCCCAUCGCGCUUUCCGUGGGGAGAGGAACAUCGCGCCGUGCCUAGAGAACAUAAAACAACUGCUGCACCUGUGCGAUGAGCAAAUGAAGGACCUGGUGCACAUCUCCAACUUUGAGAUAGACCUAGACAUUAACUCAUUUUACUAUAAUUUUGUUAAAGAAAAUAGCGAGAGCUCUAUAUCCACAUACAACAUAAAUCACAGUAAAAAUAUUUUCGACGUAAAGCAAUUCAAAAAAUAUUUAAAUGAAAAAAUAACAACGUAUAAGCAGACCUAUUCUCUCAAUUGGGGAACAUAUGUAUGCAACAUUUCUGUUCAAGAGAGCUGCUAUUUUUAUUAUGAUCGAUUUGGGGAAUCUACCUCUUCGAUAUACUCCUCUGCUGCAUCCCGCGAUGGUGCCUUCCUCAGGGGGGGAAAGAGCAACCGUGAGAAUACUCCCCUGGGGAGAAGUCACCACACGAGGUUUAAUGCAACUCAAAGUAGCAAUGUCUGCCAUGAGAAGACCAACAUUUAUGGGUGCACAGAGUUGAACGGAGAACUGAGGGAUAACCAUGUAAUGGAAAAGCUGCACAGAUUAUACUACCCAAGUGGGGGAUGUCCAAAUAAAGAAGGAUUGAAGGACACCCCUGUAGAUAAUGCAAAGUUGGAGUCGAAAUGGACAUGGGAAGGUCCUACUGCGAAUAUGGAGGAACAUCCCCUCGUGAGUAACCACACGGAUGUUCAUCAAAAUGGUAAAGUUGCUCUAUGCAGAAGGGAAACAGAAAAGGCAAACAUCAUAGAUGAUGUGAAUAGGGACCUGAUUUUGCACAAAAUUGCAGAUGGUGAAGAAAAGGAGGAACAGAACACAAAACCGAUGGAGUUACAUUUUGCUAAUAAGUCGAAAAGUAACUCAAAGGUUGAAAACGGACUGAACGUAGAGGACCCCGCAAGUAAGGGUUCCGCCAAGGGGGUCAGCGGUGGAGUGGACGUGGAUAGAAGCAAAAUUGGUGCAUUCAGCACGAUGAAUGGAGCCUUUGCGGAUGACCAUACCCCCCCCAUGCUCUUUGAAGAGACAAAAACGGGCCCCCCAAGCGAUGUCGCAAUCUUCCUUUCCGACCAGUCAUGUGAUUACCAAAACGGUUACGAAUUUGAAGAUAACAAUUUGAGAGGAGGAGGAUGUAUGUUGGAGCCGGGGAGACUACACGAGGUGACGGACGAAAGUGUGAUCAGUGGGGAGAAUGAAAACAUGGGGCAUCGAGGCAGGGGGGAAGCAAGUCAAGAAGAGGAACUAAGAAAUGCGUCCACUAUGAGCAGUAGCGAUAUGUGGAACCCAGACCGGGUGAUAGCAACAGGGAGUCAGCAUUGGGAAGGCUCCUUUAAGGGGAAUGGAGUAGGAAGUGAUGACCAAGGGAAUGCUUCUAUGGGGCGAAGGAAGAGCAUCCCAAGACAGCUGCUCGUGAAGUUGAAGAAAAUGUGUGCGGGAAGAGCGACGGUCGGGGUGCUCAAUCGUGGAGUGGAAAAUGCCGAGAGGAGCGACAACUAUUCUGGCCAAAGCAACAGAACGAAGGAACGAAAGGAGGGGGUAGCGAUCGGGGGAACCUCCCUCUGGGAGAAUUGCACCAGGAGAAAUGUACACAGCCAAGGGAAUAGCAGAAGGGAAGAAAAAGACGAAAAAAUAGAAAGUGCUCACUUGGAUCACGCACGAGGAGAUCUAAAUGCUCACAUUCAGAAGGAGAUAAAAAAAGGAAAUCACUUACUGACAAAUGAAUACAUCGAUAGCACCUUUGAUGAAAUAUAUUACAUUCAAAGGAUUAAUGCAGAUAACGAUUCGAUGUUCUUUUUUGCUAGAAUUUAUCAGAUAUAUAUUUUUUCGAAGAAAUGGAAUAGCAACGACAGUGGUGGCAAGGGUUGUGCGAAGUGCACAAAUAAAGGGGGGACCCUCUCUGAUGAGUCCGCGCCGUGCCGCACGAACGUUUCUGUGUAUGUGCUCAUAGUUUUAAAAAAUAGCCUCCUUAAAUAUAUCAUAAAAAAAAAAAUACUUAACGAAAUUAGCAGCCGUGUAGACAAAUGGAAAAAACAUAUCAUCAUAAAAGCUGAGCAUAUUAAGGACGGUUCCGUGCCGUUGUGUAUUCGAAUGAUUGAAAGAAAUGACGAUGUGAUUGAUUACAUCGUUAAAAAUGUAACAUACUUUUUCGAUAAUUAUUUGCGAGAUUUCUUCCACCUCCUUGUUGCACAUGUGAAUGACUUUUUUGGCCUAGGUGAAAAUAGGACUCUGGAAAAUUAUUUUGAACGCUCAAGUAAAAAAUUGUAUCAUUUUGUUCAGAAGAAGAAGGUUCACCUGCGCAACAUGUAUAAUGAUAUUGUACGAAAAAAUGAGGAAAAAAAAAAAAAAACAAGACAAAGCAUCCAACCCAACCAAAAAAAGGACCCAAAAAAGGACCAAAAAAAGUACACAUUUUGCACAUAUCUGUUUAAAAGGAAGAAGGAACAUAAAACGGGUGACUCUCCUCGUAAGGAUGAAUAUUCAUUGCGAAGUUCCAUUUUUGAGCCAGCCUUUUAUUACAUCACCUCAAAUGAAGUGGCACACAAUUACAUCAUUUAUAUGAACCAUAUUUAUUUUAGAAGACUACUUUUGUUGUAUCUUUUCGUUUUUGUAGUUUACUUGGUAGUGAGCAGUUGUACAGUGAUUGCCCUGUAA